AUGUCGACCCAAGUCCCUCAAGUUCCCGUUCCUCGAAACCGUCGGCAGAAGAAGACUUCAACGCCCCACGGACACCCGCCGGUACACAAGCAAAGUCUGAUUGCAACUCCUCCAUCGUCGCCCCCGCAAUAUACUGCUGCAAAUGCGACCGAUCAGACCCAUGCUCAUUCCAAGAAGAAGAACCCUCGUUCGGGAGUUAAACCAUAUCGUAACUCUCCUGCAAAUACAACUCCGCAGCCCAAAGACGCUGCAUAUGCAGGACCAACUUUCCAUGCCUCGCCUGCUCCUUCAGCAUUGCCCAUUCCGAGCUUUUUCUCGAAGUCGUUUCCAGAGUCGGACCUUGCGCCUACUCUCGAAGUUGAAAGUGAUAAUGCGGAGACAGAUGUGGAUUUUGAGGCCACUCCUUCGAAGCCCCGCGCUCGUCCCCAAACUAUGGGCGAGGUGCCAGAGGCCACUCCCCUUGACUUCUUAUUCAAGGCUGCCGUUGAGGCACGCAAGUCUAGUCCUAUGAACAGUCCUGAGAUGACUCGCUUCAAAUCUCCACAAACCGAACCGAGACGUAUGCAGUUGAACCCGCCGGGCGGGGUGUUUGAUUUUGACAUGGAUAAUCACUCGCGCGCUCACCAGAUUGGCCCAUCAUUUGCGCCUUCGUAUCAGGAUCGCAUGAACGCCCUGCGACGCUCCGAUAGUUCUUACUCCCAGCCUGAGUACUCCGAGACCGAGGAACAAAAGCGCAUUAACACCGAGGCAUUGAAGCAUGCCCUUCUCAACCCGCCUGUCCAGAAAGCCAGAGUUUCUCCCGCUUAUGAGCACCCCCACAACUAUGCGCAGCAACGUCCCAACAUCAAUGCGACGAUCCCUCCCUAUGCGACUCCAUUGCGUUCGACAUCCGGUCCAGCAAUGACUUAUCACCAUGGCUAUCCUCAGGGAUAUCAACAGUCCAUGCCCAACAAUGCUGGCUAUCACCAAACUCCAUAUCAACAUUCAAACGGCCAACGUGCUCGAAAUGUAGAGUCACCUUAUGCAGAGUCACCUCUGCGACGCGAACUUCCAGCCAUGAAUGGAUACCACUCCGAAACGUCCCAUAAUAUCCAUUAUGUUACAAACGGGUCAGCUCAUGCUCAUAGCCAUGCCCAUGUCCCCCAUGCCUAUGCCCUUCCCUCGCAGCAGCGUUUCAACUCUCCUCGGCCCCAGUACACCACUGCAGCUUUCGAUAUGCCCACAAAUUCGCCUUCUGUGUCUAAGCCAGUGGACACUCAGCAGAUUGAGGACCAAAUCCGCCGCGCUUUGAAGCUCGGUUAA